AUGGGUAAUAAUGGUAACAAAGAAACGAAAGAAGACAAAACAUACGUGAAUGAUCACCAGCCUAAAUCAUUUGUAUCUAAUACAAUUCAUGAUUCAGAUUCUCAAUAUGAAUCAGAAUCUGAAUUACCAAAAAAGCCUUCACCACCAAAGAAACGACAUGACAAACUGAAGAAUCCAUAUAAUGAACGACCUCUUGAAUUGUCAUGGUUACAACAGAACCAUAGUCAUGAUAAUUAUAAUCGAAUGAAUCAUCGUCAUCAACAUAGUUCCCAGCAUCAUCAUCAUCAUCAUCAUCAUCAUCAACAGCAGCAGCAGCAGCAGCAUCAUCAGCACCAUCAAGAACAUCUGCGUCGAAAACCAUUAGCCAUUAAUAGAUGGCCCAAAGAUGAUGACCAAAUUGAAAAACAAAAAGGAAAAUCUUUCAUUGAAGAAUAUAUUCAUCAAUAA